AUAUUGAUGCAAAAUAGAUGGCAUGAAAUCUGGAGAAAAUUAUACAAAAUAAUUUAAGUUGAAUUCAACAAAUCUUGAAAAAAUAGAUGCAAAAUAUAAUUCAACCAAUUACUGAGAAACAACAGCGAUAUAAUUAAAUUCAGUGAAAGUGUUGUUGAUGAUUAUUUAUGAGAGCAAACAAUUAAACAGUAUAAUACAGUGGCUACAAUUUUCAAAGUAUGUGUUUCCUCCAGAAGGUCACAAUAUUAAGAUAGAAAAGAAAGCUGAGUCCAAAGAAAUUGACAGAAGACUUGAAACGCCAGUUUGAGUUGCCUAGGUAUUAAAAAGAAUCUAAGGAUAAGUAUCCCAGCCUGCAAGUGGCAAUUUCCACAGAGAGGGCGGGAUUUAGAAGCGGAGAAAACCACACGUCCCCAUGUGAAAUGUUCACUUGUCGACGGUUAAGUUCAUGUUAUGCUGCUGUACUACCAGGCGAUUCGGGAGAUACAAGCAGGAGAGGAGAUGUUGUUGUACACGCGGGAUCGACUCUACCCGGACACCGACCUCAUGUUCAAUAAGAAGGCAGAAGAUGUGGACACGAUUAGCUGCCGGGACUGCGGUGAAGUUUUUCAGGACCGAAUUUCGCUCCACAAGCACCAACUAUUCUCAUGCAACAACUCGCGCUCGGAGUUCGCUGCUUUUCAACAGGCGCAGAGGGACUAUACCAGUGGGUUUCCUGAAGCCAUGAUCUCUCCUUCUACAUCAGAACGAGGAACGCCAGACCACCAUGAUGAUGGCGGCGACUUCAAAUGUGAGGAAUGUCCUCGCAGUUUUGCGCUGAAGUCCAACCUGGCGCGACACCAGAUUGUUCACGAGUCUGGACGGAAGUUCUCUUGCGAACAUUGUGAAAGGCACUUUACAGACCCAUCCAAUUUGCAAAGACAUAUAAGAUCACAGCAUCAUGGAGCACGCUGUCACGCGUGUACAGACUGCGGGAAAACGUUUGCCACAAGCUCGGGACUAAAGCAGCACCAGCACAUUCACUCCAGUGUUAAGCCCUUUCAGUGUGAGGUUUGUCUGAAGGCGUACACCCAGUUCUCGAAUCUGUGCCGCCACAAGAGAAUGCAUGCUGACUGUCGCCAGCAAAUAAAGUGUAAUGACUGCGGCCAAGCUUUCUCCACGAUCACCUCCCUCAGCAAACACAAACGAUUCUGCGAGGGGGCGCUUCGCAAUGGCAUGAGGAUGAACAGUUUUGGUAGCGAGUCGAAGAUUCCACAUUCAUCAGGUCUAUUAGCAUCUGCCCAGCCUAGCGCGUUUUCUCCGGCGAUCAUGAUGGGACUAUAUGGAAACAGGCCAACGUAUCCGUUUUAUUCCCCAUCCUUUGGAAACCUUCCAAUGUUUCCUGCAAAUCAUCCACUCAGUGCUUUGACGUCCCUCUCACCAAGCAGUUUGAGGUCGUCUGGAAUUCCAUCUCUGACGCCAGAGAAAUCUGACCUCAGUCCAGCUGAGAAAUAUGAAAAACGAGCGCAUGACGGAAGUGACGGUGGCUCCGAUCUGAUGUCAGGAAGCGAUCUCGAUAAUAUCCCAUCUGAUUCGGAGAGUGAACACGCACCAGCACACUCACUGAGCACUGAUACUCACACAGUUUCUGUGACUCUAUCCAAGCCGUCAACGUUCUCUCCAUCUGCUGAGCACGUCCCUCAUUCAAGCCUCUCCUCACCAAGAUCAUCUGUGUCAAGCGGACGCAGCCCUUCACCACAAUUUCUCCAAGAGAAGAAAACUGCUGAUGAACAGCCGUUUGAUCUGUCAAAACACAGUCCAAGAGAUGAUCACAUUACCCCACCAAAGACUGUAACAGCUAAGGAAUCAAAAUCUGACGGCGACCAGCCUCUCGACUUGAGCCAAACAAGGGAGCUUACUCCUCCUGAGGCUCCAAGAAAGACUCACGUAUUUGGGGAGGUGAAAACACCCACAUCUACUGAGCCACCAAGACUGCAUUGUGCUUAUCCACAGUUCUCCAAACAGUUGUUGAUGGAGCAGGCCCUUAGGAUUGCCGAGUCUAAAGAAAAGGCUGCUGAGUCGGCGAAUUUUCUGAGGUUCCCACGGUUUCCAUUCUCUAGUCCAACGCAGUACCCAAUGGGAUUAAAUCCUUACAGCUUUGCUACGCGCGAGUCUCCAUCGACCAAGUCAGCAUCAUCUGUGUCAAUGGCGGCAAUUUCCCCCCAGGGCAAGGGGUUUCCUGAUUUUAAUGUUAGUCCAUCACAGAUGACUCCCUUCUCAACGCCAAAUAAAGUCAAGGAUCGCUACAGCUGUAAAUUCUGCGGCAAAGUUUUCCCACGAAGUGCAAAUCUUACUCGUCAUUUGCGUACUCAUACGGGGGAGCAGCCUUACAAGUGCAAAUAUUGCGAACGCUCUUUCUCGAUUUCAUCCAACUUACAGCGACAUGUUCGUAACAUUCACAACAAGGAGAAACCUUUCCGAUGUCCACUGUGCGAUCGAUGCUUCGGACAACAGACCAAUCUUGAUCGACACCUCAAGAAACAUGAAACGGAGGGGCCGAACAUCAUUGAUUCUCCUGAAAGAGAAAAUGAACUGGAAGAUAAGGACGAAUCUUACUUUUCUGAGAUUAGAAACUUCAUCGGAAAGGCCACAGCUAACCACGUUGAACUUUCAGAUAUAAAUCAAAACAUGCUGAGCCAGGAGGUGGAAAAGUUUGGACAAAGUGUGCUAGGUACAGGUAAACAAAUACAUGUUGAUGAUGACGUAGAAGAGGAAGAUGAAGAGAUUGACCCCGUCUCUGACGAUAUUGACAGUGUGUCUGUAAAGUCGAUUGAGAAAAUAAAUGACAAUGAGAACAGCAGUGAUGAACCACUUGCGAAACGAGCCAAGCUCGAUUGUUUAAACUCUGAUGAGGCUGUGGCAGAGCAGGAGAGACAAGGGCUUGAUUUGAAAAGGGGAUUUAGUCCUGUUAUGUGUUCAUGAAACGACAGCUGCAUUUGUAUAACAGCUGAGUAACUGUAAAUGAACAGUUUUUAAAUCUGUCCGUUGGGUGUUUUCAUUGUCUGUUUUUAGAAUAGAAAUUAGGGACAAGGUUAAUAAAAAUACCCACACUGAAAAAAUGUUGGUAGGGGCACCAGCUAUUUAUUGACUAUGGCCUAAGUGAUAUGUUCUAUUUUUAAAGUAUAAAUAGCAAUGUCAGAGUAAAAAAUAUUUCUUUCAAAAUUAACAAAUUGUUAAACACCAAAAUAAAGGACUUGAUGACACAUAACUCAAAACAGUAAACAUUUUUUAUAUCGGACCAUGUAUGUUUUUCCUAUUGGGCUAAACUCCCCUAUAUAUAUAUAUUAAAAUUUUAUAUGUACAAGUGUGAAAAAUAUUGUUAAGGUGUUAAUACAUUUAUUUGUGUUUGUUUGUUUUUUCAUUGUUUAAUCAUUUUUGCUGGUUAGUUGGGAACAAUCAAUAAUGUAUUUUUUUGUGGACCAAAUUAUACUUAUGGUGUAAAAUAAAAUGUGAUAGUUUCUAUAAUUAAUAUAAAUAGAAUUUGGGCUUUGUAGAAUCUGAGAACAUUGAAUCUCAUUUCUAUUUUAUCUUAGGGCAGUUGGAAAGAAAUCUCAAUAUUGUGCUGUUAAAUUUUGUCACAAAAUGCUUUUUGACAAACAUAUAUAAACUUGUGUAGAUUUUUUUUCAAACCUUGUAAAAAAGACGUAAGAGCCAUUUGAAACAUGGGUCCAAUAGGAAUUUCUCUCCAUGUAAAUAUUUAUUAAUCUGUACAAAAAAUGUGUAUACAUAAAAUGUACAUUAUUAUAUGAACCAAAUAUGUUAUUUAUUUGUAUAUUUUGAACUUGUAUAGAAGUGUUUACUAUAUUGUUUUGGAGCUUUGAAGUGUUAUCCUUUUUGAAAUUAUAGUUACCCAUAUACUCUGAAUUUAUAUGAUUAUCAUAAACUGCUUUCUUAUACAUUACCCCAAGAAUAUAAGUCAGUUAAGUGGCCCAUCCAAAAUCACUUUUAUUGAUAAUGAUGGUGACUUUGUAGAAUUGAAAAUCUUAUUUUGGCGCACCAACUUCGCAAUCAUUUUACUAAAUAUAAUGAUUCAUUUUUACUUUCACAAACUUAAGUACUGGUAGAAGGAAAACUUAAAUAAUUGGUGACAAAAUUUUCAAUUAAUAUUUGGGCUCUCUGAUUUUUUCAAUAUAUUGAGCAAGUCUUUUAAUAAAUAUUUGUGCUCUCUGAUUUUUUCAAUAUAUUGAGCAUGUCUUUUGAUAAUAUUUGGGCUCUCUGAUUUUGUCAAUAUAUUGAGCAAGUCUUUCAAUGCUAUUUGGGCUCUCUGAUUUUGUCAAAAUAUUGAGCAAGUCUUACAAUAAAUAUUUGGGCUCUCUGAUUUUGUCAAAAUAUUGUGCAAGCCCACUCUCAUUCAAUAUAAUUACCAAUGUCUUAUAA